GGAAACUUAUAUAAAUCCUACUAAAAUCUGGAAAACUUAAAAAUCUUACUAAAAUCUGGAAAACUCAGAGAACAAGUUAGAACCAACUAGGAUCCGGAUCCUCUACUAUGAUUUUCUCUGUCAUGAUGAUCUGCUUUACUUUCCUUCUCCACAUGACACCUCAUUAAAAUUUAAUCUAAUGGAUGUAAGCCGGACACAGUCAAAAAGAAAUAACUACAUAUCAAUCAACUUAUUGUGGCUGGACCUGGAGAUCAAAAUUGAGUUUCAGAGUUGUAGGGUUUUCAAUAUUUCUCUUCUUUUUGUUAAGUGUAUACAAGAAUGACUACUGAUCGUCUUUCUACCUCAUCCGUUGCCGCUGCCAUUGCCGAUCAGGAUUCGGGUAUGGGGGAUUUAUCUUUGUGUCAUGAUUUGUUGUGCAAUAUUUUGUUUAGAUUAUCACACAAGGAUUUGCUGAAAUGCAAGAUGGUGGCCAAGUCAUGUCAUCAAAUAAUCUCUCAUGUUUGGUUGCGGAGAUUUUGGUCGCAGGUUCCUCUUUUGGGUCUUUACUUCUGUACUCUGCCCGAACCUGAUGAUACGGAUCAUCAAAUCAAUUUUGCCUUUGUACAAGAUUAUCCCUUCUUGAAGAAGUCACUGCCUGAUUUCUAUUAUUUGGUUCGAUUUCAGAGACGCAAUACCUCCGAUAAUCACCUGGACUGUUGUAAUGGGUUAGUUUUGCUGUACAAUCCAAGCACUUAUCAGUUUUGUGUGUGCAACCCCAUCACCAAACAACACGUAUCCAUACCUACAACAUGUUUACAUGAGAAUGAGUAUUUUUGUGCUGCCUUGGCUUUUGACCCUAUUGAAUCGAAUCACUUCAGAGUUGUUCGAAUUGAUUAUUCCCGACAACUGACUUCCUUGAAAUCAACCUCAACCCCGUUGGACAUGGUCAUGGUCAUGGACAUCUUUUCUUCGCAGUCGAGGCAGUGGGUUCGACAUGGGUUGCAACUCGACCCAAUGUUUAUUGAGGGGUUCAAAACUUUCAAGCUUUGCAGGCAUUUUGUAUACUUGCGCGGGGUGUUAUACAGCCUAACUAGUUCAGGGAAAAUUUUGUGCAUUGACCUCAACACUAUUGAAGCUCGUGCGUUUGAUCUCCCUCAUGGGCCUGAGGAUGAUGAUGCUGAUGCUGAUGAUAAGAUGGGUGCAACAACAAUGGGAAUGGGAUGUCUUGGGAUCUCAAGGGGCCUUGUUUGUUAUGUAAAGCGUGAUAGUUCAAAAACUAUUCGGUUUUGGUCUUAUGAUGAUCGACAAUGCACAUCUGGUUCCGGUAGUGAUCAGUGGACUCUCAGACACAGUGUUUCUGAAGAAGUCCUGCAAGAUCGGGUUAUGUGUCUUUUAAUCAUGACAUAUGAGUAUGAGUAUGAUUCUGAUGAGGAUGAUCCGAUUAGACCUUAUGCAAUAUGUCCAAAUUCUCAUGUCCUUUUCUUUGGCACUUUAAAUUGGAUCGGCAGUUGCAAUUUUGAAAACCAAACGGUGGAACUCAUCGGUAAAGGAAAAAGUACAAUAGCUUCACCUGGUUAUCACUCUCCUUUCUUUACACUACGUCCGUGCUUGAUACCUUUCUACUGUUUGGGUGAGAGGAAUGCCUGCUCUACUCCAAUAAUACCAGAAGGUGUCGCCAAAGGAGUAAAGAUUCUGAGUGCGGAAGUAGCAUGUCAAUGUGAUGAACAAAAACAUAGAGAUAUUCGAGCUGUGCGCAUUAAUAACUCAUUCCCUAUUGAGAACAAAUCACCGUUUGUUUUUCCUAGUGAAAUGCAAUUAUGUGCAGCGAUGGAGGAAAUGCAACAACUCUAAGAGACACCCACAAGAAGCACAACCCCACCCCAAACUCUCCGCCAGUCCACAGCCUUCUUACCUCAAAGACAUCAACCCUAGAAGUAGAAGGUUGACUAAAUUAGGCAUCAACCCACAAGUAUUGUCAUGAUUUGUCGUUAUUUAUUUGAUUAUUAUAU